AUUUUGCUCACAUUUUUUGUGUGUUUGCUCAUUUCGAGUUUGUGCAAAAGUUGUAACAUAACUUCUACACUGUACAACUUGUUGAAGGAUGUAUCAAUUUGGAGUGGAUCGAGCAAAUGCAACAGAGCGAGGGGAGAUGUAUAGCGGCGGCAAAGGGAUGGCAUUACCGAGACUCACUUGGUUGGUGAUUUUUGCAGCAGCAAUUUUGUUCUUAAUGCCAUUAGGAAGAGUGACUGCGACACCAACUGGAGCCCCCAGCAGCUUUGUUCAGGCUUGUCAAGAGCAGCACAAGAUUACUGAAGAAGAACUGGAUGAGUUGCCCGAUGAUCCCAACCCGGAAGACAUCGACAUGAAGUACAAAUGUUAUGCGAAUUGUCUGCUAAACGGACUGGGCUUCAUGGACGAGAAUGGAAAACUGAAUGCGGAAAUGAUGCAUGAUGCGGGCAUACUAAAUGAUGAUAGCUAUGAGGAUAUGAUUGAAUGCAAGGCAGCAAAUGACAUGGAGGAUGACCCGUGCGAAUAUAGUUUUGGAGUGAUGCUCUGUGCGCGCAUGAUUCACGCAAAUGACGAGAAUGACGAAUAUGCAGAGGCUGUUCCAAUGGCGCGAGAGGUCAUUAUGUAAAGGAAACUUACAUAUUUAACUAUUAAAAAAAUUACAAAAGCAACGGUUCCUUUAUUCCUGUUCGCCUAAUCAAUAAGGAGUUUUUAAAGUGCAUGCAUAGAUGCAAAGUAGUAUUAAAAUUUAUACAUUUUUAUCAAAGCUGUUUAUGUAUGUUGAAUAUUUCUUGCUGUUCCUGUUAUAAAGUUGUUGAAAGACGAUAUAUUAUAU